AUGCAGAUCCUCACCAUCAGCACGACAGCCCGCGACGCAUGCACAACCGGGGACUUGCCUCCUGCUGAUAGACUAUUAACACAAGCUAUUGGCAUCGAUAGCAAUGACUACACCUCUUAUGCGAAUCGCUCGUUUGUCAAGGCACGAAAUUCAGACUGGGACCACGUACUUGAGGACGUGCUCAAAAGCACCAGUAUUCAGCCAUCCUUGAUGGGCUGUAUAUCCAAGGGCAUAGCCCACUGUGGAAAAAAACAGUUCCAGGACGCGAUGAAAGCAUUUGACCUUGCGUUCAUGUACGUGGAGGCAGAUUUGAAUAAAACUCGUCUUCUACUCUUGAUCGAGGUCAUCGCUUCUUUUAAUGCAAAUAAACAUGACGAGGCGAUUAUGCGCGUCCAAGAGCUAGCUACCACUCGUCCCAAUCCAAAUUUUCUUGUGUGUGGUAUCGUGAAAGCUUAUUUACACGUCCAACUGGGAAUGAAUGCAUUAGAUGACGCACGUCACAACGAAGCGGUUGGCCACUUCACUGCUGCCGUCAACGCUAUCGGUUUCUCGUCUAUGUCGGCCAUCCACUCUAGAUACGAUGUCUUCGCGGUGUUAUUCGGGUGGGGUCUUCGGUCUUUUUGGCGAACUGCACACCGGAAUUGGUGCAAUGCGCUCCUUCGGGUAGGUAAACUUCCAGAAGCCAUCAAAGCAUACCGAUACAUGAUGGACAGGGCUGAUGAGGCUACGAAAGCAUGCCUUGAUUGGUCCACUGGCAAGUCUUCCAAGCUUUAUGCUGCCGCUGGAGUGGCUGACCUCGCUGGGAGUGGAGAUGCUGCUCUCGCUGCAGGUAAUUAUGACAGGGUCAUCGAGCUUUACUCCGCGGCAAUCAACCUCAAUUUAGCAACCGAUACAAUCUUUGCGAACCGCAGUACAGCGCGGUCGGGAAAAAUACUAUGGAACGACGCAUUCCUCGACGCAGAAAAGGUCAUCGAACUCGACCCCUCAUCUUACUUUGGAUAUCAGUUGAAGCAUGCGGUACUUCAUGACGCACACCGAUAUGAUGAAGCCAUCGAGGCCUUCAAAAUCAUGAUCUCCAAGUUGGAAAAUACUUUCGACACGCAAACCCAAAAUUUGGGCCAAAAGCAUGUUGGGCCAUCCGAAGCAGAACGUGCUAUUGAAGAGAGCAUGACCGCUCAGCUCAACGAUGCCCCGUAUCUUCUAAUCAACACAUCCACUGGGCGCUUAUGCAAUAGAGAGACGCAGAUCGAUACCUUCAAAGCGAGCACGGAGUACAAGGAGCUGUUAUCAUCCACAAUGAAGGAUACAGAUCUCCUAAUGCAGCGCAUCCAAGACGUGGUGGCGGCGUACUUCCGUUAUGUCAUGCUAUCGAUGAAUCAUCGAAGAUGCAUGUGCGAACUUGAACUUCGAAGAUUCAGCUGA